GGGGGUAUGGGAGACAUGGUGAGAAAGAGACCCAGAGCGGCAGAGCAGACUGGUUCAGUCAGGAAGAACAGGAGAUGAGAGCUCCCAGAGGGAGAAAGUGGUUCCUGGGAGAGGGCUAAAGGCAAGAGAGCAGCAAGAGACGUUUGUUGGCUGACAUCUCCAGGCCAGAGAGCCAGGACCGAAGGCAGCAGUGGCAGUGGCAGGAGAUACGUUUUGGCAAUAAACCAGCAAGGCAGAGCCCAGGGCCAGAGAGGGCUGAUGGAAGGGUGAGCAGUGGAGCAGCUUAUUUGCUGAGGUCUCCUUACCGAGAAGUGGGUCACAGAGGAAUCAUGAGAAGGCCCAGAAAAGUGAGGGAUGCUCCCCUGGCAAGGAUGCUUUCAGCAGAGAGGCCGUGAGAGUUCCUGCUGGGACGAGCAGGGUUGUACCCCAGCAGGAAAGGCUGGGGUGGUUGUCCAGCAGUGAACACAGAACGACUGACAGAGCCCAGCUAUGGUGAAAGCAAGCACCUCUUUUCAAAUUGGACAGUUCCUGUCUUGGCGUGAUUAUUUAAUCCAGCUCAUCAGGAUUUACUGCAGCAAACACACGUUGCACUAUGUCCUUCAGGAACAUUUAGAGGAAUUCUAUUGGAAGAGUCUCUUCUUCAUAAGGGGAUUCCAGUGAAAGGAGGUAUGCUAUAGAAGAAUCGGGGUAAAGUGAAUGAAAUGAAAUCUCAUCAAAGAACAGCAUGUAUGAUUAAACAGAUGGGACAGGUGGAAAGACUAAAUAAGAAUUUCAAACAAGCUUUCUACACUCACCUGGAUCACUAGAGCACACAGAGUAUAGGUUUCCUCUUAGGAAAGGUGCACAAUUAUGCACAAAUGUCUGAAGGAAAUUGGGCUAAGAAACAGGCAUUGCUCCAGUCAACCAUACCAUAAGGACACCCAUGGAAGAAAGAAUCAACUACCAGCUCCUAUCACUGUGUGACACCAGCUUAAGAGGAGAAAGGUAGAGGGGUCUACAUACUAGAGUUCUUCUGCAGAAAUGGUUAAAAAUGAUCUAUUUGGUUGAAUUAAGGAAGUUACACAUUACUGCAGCAACUUAAGAAAAACCCUCUUGACUUCCUGGAAACUGAAAAGAAAAAAAAGUGGUGUUUUAAAGAAGUAGAGAGAGACACAUGCUGUUUCAUAAGGAUACGCCUGAUUUCCAGAUAUGACCAUGUUUUUGUGGCUUGAACUCUUGGCAUUUGGCUUUGCCCUUCUGGACAACAAUGUUUUUGUCAAAGGAGAAGGAACACGAGGAACUGCAGAUCCUUCCACGCCCACAACCACAUCACUUCUACGUACAAACUCCACUCCACACUCACCUACAGGCGACAACAAAGAGCGAAUGAUCGACCCUGAAAAAGAUUAUUCCAAUACGACAUCCUUGCACUUUUCACCAUCCACAAGCCUUACUCCAACCAGCACUACAACAAACAUGCCUGAGUCUUCCUCAGACACCUCACAUUCCAUGACAACUGCUUCACCUCCAAAAAAUGAUACGACUGCAGUAACGGCUUCUCCCAUGAAGUGUGACAACAUUACUCUUGAAGUGGAGCGUUACAGCUACACUGAGAAUCGCGUCAGUGCAAAAGUGAAAGUUUGGAAAUGCGACAAAAAUAUAACUUCAUUCACUCUUAAAUGUACUAAUUGUACUAUAAAAAAUGACACUAUCGAAGGACUUCAGGAAUGUCAAACAUAUGACAUUGAAAUAGAAGUUAAUGGUUCUACCCGUUCAUAUCCAAUUCAUGUCCCACCUGAUGAAAAAAGAUACAACUUUACGAUUGAAGUAAUAAGUGCCAGCUCUUUGCAUUUAAAGUGGACUAGAAACAACCUGCCUAAAUGUAAUUUAACCUACUUCUAUGCCUGUUCUAACAAUUUGAGCGGUCAACGAAACUACUCUCCAGUGUCAAGCCACUCUAUUGAGCUGACGGGUCUGUCAGCCAACACCCCUUAUAACUGUACUUCAAAAAUAAUCUUUUUGGAAACCAACAAAACGAUCAAAGAAGUUGAGGGAACUAUGACAACAGAUUUUGGAAAACCAGACAAACCUGAAAGUCUUGAUCCAGUAAUCACAACUCCUGAAAGUGUAACAUUCAAUUGGAAAGAACCAUCAGUAACAACAAAUGGACCUAUUGAUGGCUAUAUAGUGAAAUGUUGUGAGAGAGAUGAAGAAAAGGAUGUUGGUAAAAUCACUUCUUAUAACUGUACAGGAUUUCAGCCUUACACAGAAUAUACUGUGUCAGUUAACACAUACACCAAUACAAAGAAGGGACAAGAACGUAGUGUGGAACCUUUGCUUUAUAAGGGACACACAGAUUCAUCAAAACCAGGUGCAGUGAAGAUUAUCAGUAUAAGUCAACCACAGAACAAUGCUGUCCGCAUUAAGUGUGAGGGGCAUGCACCAAAUGGCAAAUUACAAAUUUUCUAUUUGAAAUGGGAUGGAAAAGUCUUUAACAAAUCCAAGUGUGAUUUUCUUCAAGACAAUCUUUAUUACUUGACCACAUAUGACAUUGAGAUUUACAUGUACAAUGGAGAUUAUGAGGGGGAUCCUGUCAAAGACAAAGUAACAACAAAAUACAAUUCUCAAGCCCUGAUUAUAUUCCUGGCGUUCUUGAUUAUUGUGACAUCAAUUGCCUUACUUAUUGUUCUGUAUAAAAUCUAUGAUCUCCACAGAGAGAAAUUAAGCAAUUCAGGUGAAGAUGUGAUGCUUGUUAAGAGGGAUGACGAAAAGCAACUGAUGAAUGUAGAGCCAAUUCCUUCAGAAAUGUUGUUGGAAACCUACAAGAGAAAGAUUGCUGAUGAAGGAAGACUUUUCCUUGAUGAAUUUCAGAGCAUUCCCAGAGUUUUCUCUAAGUUCUCAAUAAAGGAAGCACGCAAAAACUACAACCAAAACAAAAACCGUUACAUUGACAUUCUCCCUUAUGAUUAUAACCGAGUUGAACUCUCAGAGAUAAACGGAGACCCAGGAUCAGACUAUAUAAAUGCAAGCCAUAUUGACGGUUUCAAAGAACCAAGGAAGUACAUUGCUGCACAAGGCCCCAAGGAUGAGACCACUGAUGAUUUCUGGAGAAUGAUCUGGGAACAGAAGGCAACAAUUAUUGUUAUGGUGACUCGCUGUGAAGAAAAUAAUAGGAACAAAUGUGCCCAAUACUGGCCGACCUCAGAAAAUAGCACUGCAACUUUUGGGGACACUGUUGUGAAGAGCAAUGAAAGUAAAAUAUGUCCUGACUACAUUAUUCAGAAACUGCAUAUUACAAAUAGAAAGGAGAAGACACCUGGGAGAGAUGUGACUCACAUUCAGUUCACUAGCUGGCCAGACCAUGGAGUGCCUGAAGAUCCUCAUCUUCUCCUCAAAUUACGACGCAGAGUUAAUGCUUUAAGCAACUUUUUUAGUGGCCCAGUAGUGAUUCAUUGCAGUGCUGGUGUUGGACGUACUGGAACCUAUAUUGCAAUCGACGCUAUGCUGGAGGGGUUAGAGGUAGAAGGCAGAGUGGAUGUUUAUGGCUAUGUUGUAAAGCUCCGUCGACAGCGAUGCCUCAUGGUUCAAGUAGAGACACAGUACAUCCUGAUCCAUCAAGCACUGGUGGAAUACAAUCAGUUUGGUGAAACAGAGGUCACUGUCUCUGAACUGCACACCUACCUUAAUAAUCUGAAGAAAAGAGAUCCUCCCAGUGACCCCUCUCUGCUGGAAGCAGAAUUCCAGAGGCUACCAUCGUACAGGGGAUGGCGGUCACAGAACACUGGCAAUCGACAGGAAAAUAAAAGUAAAAACCGGAAUUCCAAAAUGAUUCCAUAUGACUUUAACAGAGUACCAGUUAAACAUGAGGAGGAGAAAAGCAAAGAGAGUGAACAUGAUUCAGAGGAAUCAUCUGAUGAGGAUAGUGAUUGUGAGGACGCAAGCAGAUACAUAAAUGCCUCAUUCAUAACUGGCUACUGGGGUCCAAAAGAAAUGAUUGCAACGCAAGGGCCACUACCAGAAACAAUCAAUGACUUCUGGCAAAUGAUCUUUCAAAGAAAAGUCAAAGUAAUUGUUAUGUUGACAGAGCUGAACGAAGGAGAUCAGCAACUCUGUGCACAAUAUUGGGAAGAAGGAAAACAAAGAUACGAAGGCAUAGAAGUUGAAAUGAAAGAUGUCAACCUGUCUUCUAGCUACACCAUACGCGCAUUUGAUGUAACACAUGUGAAGAGGAAAGAAACUCGAAAUGUGUAUAUGUACCAGUACCACAGGUGGAAUGGCUUGGACCUUCCUGAAAACCCCAAAGAUUUAGUCACCAUGAUUCUGAACCUCAAACAAAAACUUGCAGCUAAAAGUGUCCCUGAGGACAGCAGAUACAGCCGGAGCGUUCCAAUUGUCAUUCACUGCCGUGAUGGAUCUGAACAAACUGGUGUGUUUUGCGCCUUGUUGACUCUCUUGGAAAGUGCAGAAACAGAAGAUGUGAUAGAUGUCUUCCAAGUAGUGAAAUCUCUUCGACGUGAGAGGCCAGGAAUGGUCCCCACUUUUGAACAAUACCAGUUCCUGUAUGAUACUGUUAGCAGCAUCUACCCUGCACAGAACGGACAAGUAAAGAAAAACAGCAAGCAGGAAGAUACAAUUGAAAUUGACAAUGAAGUAGAAAAAACAGAUCAGGAAGCUAAUUUGAUUACUAUAGAUAUCACCUCACUGGAGUCAGAAGCCAAUAUGAAUAUGGAAGCGUGUGAAGAUUCCAAAUCUGCAGAUGGCACUCAGGGAACAGAAAGCUCUUCAAAUGGACCCAAGACUCCAGUUUUAACUGAGAGUGCAUAGAAAAAUAUAUGAAAUUUGGAUGUACAAAGGCGUCUUAAACAGAAUAAGUAGUAGAGAUUUGAUCUUGAGUUAAUUUUUCAGAGGUACGGUAUGGAAAGAAUACUUGAAAUUUGUGGAUAAUGUAAUGCACUGUGAAAAUUUAAUUUUUGUGUAGAUUUGCAUUUUAUUCCUUUCACAUUAUUUGAAUUAUUUUUGAUCUUUUUACAAAUCUGUAUAUUGUAAUGCUGAUUUUCAUUCAGGAGUGGAAAGAAAAGUCAUGCUACCUUUUUCCAAUCUUAUUUUUUGUUAUAAGAAAGUAAGUAGCCAGGACUGGAAUCUCUAAUAAUGUACAGUCAUAAAUAUAGAGUUGGAAGUAUGGCAAAUAUGAGUUUUCUUGUGACUAAUUAUUGUCUUUAAUUGACUUAGAGGGUAAGGAAUAUGGCCUGAAUUUCAGAAAUUCAAUUCCUAUUGACUUUAGUUAGGGUUGUACUUGCUUUGCACGUGCUUUGCAGAACAGCAAAGCCAUAUCUGGGCCAUAUCUUACAGCUCCAUUGAAGUCUAUGGGGAUUUACACCAACUAAGUAACUGUUUCCACACAUCCUUACCUAUCUAGGAGGACUGAAAGCUUUGCAUUUUUCUAACUGGCCUCAAGAUGUCCUCAUUGCUCCACAUAAAUCCAUCUGAGGCUUCAAUAUUUGAGACUGAAGAAGAAAGUCCAGAACUCCGAGUAUUGACUGAUUGGAGAAACUCUGAUAGUUAAUUGAAUUGACAUUUGGCAACUUGAGAUCCCAUGUGUUACCACAACUGCUUCUUGUGCUAUUUUUUCUAAUGUAAAGAGAGCGCUUCUGCAAAAGUGUCGUACCUAUUAUGUAUAUUCAACAUUACAUAAUACUAUGCUACUAAUAGUACAUGCUACUAGCACAUUGUUGAUUUUAUUUAGUAGUUUCAUCAUAUGAUGAUUUGUAUGUUGCAGUUUGGAUUAUUUUACUGUUGCCUUAGUGGAUUUCAGCCUAAUAUUUUAAAGCCAAAUAAAAAGGACAAUUAAUAAAUUG